AAAAGCCGGAAGCUUACGAUAGCCGAAGCUACGUUGAUUUCUCCGUUUGAUCGCUGUGGGUUUGUCAACACAAGCAGCGGUUUCAGUUCGUGUCCAGCCACGAAUACCUGUUUUCACUGGACUCUCUGGAGAGAUGAACAACAACGGGAAUAAGAGAGCUCCAACUACAGCCACGCAGCGACUUAAACAGGAUUACCUCAGGAUAAAGAAAGACCCUGUGCCUUACAUCUGUGCAGAGCCUCUGCCCUCCAACAUCCUAGAAUGGCACUAUGUAGUCAGAGGUCCUGAGAAAACUCCUUACGAAGGUGGAUAUUAUCAUGGAAAGCUCAUAUUCCCCCGAGAGUUUCCUUUUAAACCACCAAGUAUCUACAUGAUCACACCAAAUGGGAGAUUUAAAUGCAACACCAGGCUAUGCUUGUCCAUCACAGACUUCCACCCAGACACGUGGAAUCCCGCCUGGUCCGUUUCCACAAUCCUCACAGGGUUGCUCAGUUUCAUGGUGGAGAAAGGCCCCACCCUCGGCAGCAUCGAGACCUCCGACUACACAAAAAGACAGCUGUCAGCCCAAAGCUUGGCCUUCAACCUCAAAGACAAAGUGUUCUGCGAGCUGUUUCCCGAUGUGGUGGAUGAGAUGAAGCAGAAACAGAGGGCCCAGGAGGAGUUAAACGCCCGCACUCAGCCUCUCCCUUUACCCGACGUGGUGCCUGACGGCGACCCUCAACAUGCCCACUACGGCCUGCCGGCCCUCAACGGAGGCGCCGCCCCGCUGGAGGGCCCCAACCCGGCCCCCGGCCUGCAGCAGGCCAAUCGCAACCAUGGACUUCUAGGCGGCGCUUUAGCCAACCUGUUUGUGAUUGUAGGGUUUGCGGCGUUCGCCUACACGGUCAAGUACGUGCUGAGGAGCAUAGCCCAGGAGUGAGAGGAGCGAGCGUGGUGGGGCGGCGCUCCCCCACCCUCCUCUCUCCCCCGCCCCCUUGCAGGCGAGCCAGCCAGUGGACUCCACAUCCUAAAAACACACUACGCGGGGGGAGGGAUGUUCAGCCCCUUCACAACCACCACAACCAUGGACUUUGGAAGACCAAAACUUAAAUCCCACCUCUCCUGAUGGGGGGUGUGAAUCGGGGUGGCAGGAGGGCCAGUGCGGGGACUGAAGGGUUCAUUAAAAACGGUUGUGAUCCACCCUGUGCUUUAGUGGUUUGUAUCAGUAGUUGGAACAAAGUUGGCUCAUGGGUUGUGGAGCAGUGUGGAACUGUGAGCAGGCAAACGGGCCACGGCUGGUUCCACUGCGCUGGACGGCCGGUCAGCCGGUCACCACGGGGGGGGAGAAUACAAACUCUCCUCCGCAAUGCUGUGAACAUCCAAGUGCUUUUCAACAGCUCGUCUCCAGUAGACGGCGGCCAGGCGUGCCUCUGCCCAGACUCCUCAUCCCAGAGUUUCCAACCUGAAAGAGAGAAGAGGCAGAAGCACACCGAGCAUUUGGUUGUUUCACAGGACGACCCAGCCUAGAUUUUCUCUUCAGACCGUAAUGAUCCGCCAGAUUGAAACACUUUUCCUCCAGUUUUUUUAAGUGACAGAUGAUGGCUUCCACUGAGCGUGUGGGCAGGAGCAAAGUCAACAGUCUGUUGUUUUUGUUUUCCUUAAACUUAGGCGUGUUAAGCCCCGGGUCAGACUGUUCAUUUAGUGAUACAGCCCACAGGUUUUGGAUUCCCCUCACAUGUGCCCAUACAUGUCAGUUUUUUUUUCUUUUCAACUCGGAUCGUCAUUGUGACCAAGAAGGAAGGGUAAGGAAAUUUAAUUGCGUGAUUCACGCUUAAGUACCAUCAGACAGGAAGAGAAUGUGCAGCAGCAAAGCUGUGUACACAAAGAUGACAAUCAGCUAUGAGGAAUUCCAGAGAAUAAGAAAACCCACCUCGGACACGCCCACAUCUCUUUGAUACGGGGCUAAUUUUAGCCAUUCAGAUAGUCAACAAUUCUGAUGCGUCUCUUGAACUUCUCAGCAUCACUACUCGACCCCAGUAAUAUUGGUUUGAGAUCCAGUCUCUGAUCAGUGGUGGUGGUUCGAGCCCCAGUGUCCUCUCCAGCCAACCCAUGAGCCAAGCAGCAAGACACCAGAACCUCUUACAAUUGGCUUUGCUGACCAGUCCCGCCUCAGUCUUUUCAGGUCCAAUUAAGGAGACACAUGAAAAGAGCUGACAUUACAUUUCUGUAUAUUACUUCCUCUUUUCUUUUAUUUUUGCUUUUUUUGUUUUGUUUUCUUUUCCCCACCCCCUCGUUCUCCUUAGUUCUAGAAGCGGCCGACCUGUCUGUGGUGGUUCUGAGGACUCGUGCAGUGUUUGCUGAGCAGGGCGGUCAAACACACAGACGGGCAGUGGCCUCGUCCCACAUGAUUGCUGAUGAUUUACUGUUGUGCAUUGAAUUUAGUAAAAAAAAAAUGGUUCUACUGUGUAUCUAAUGUUUCAACAGAAAACGGUCCGGAAGGAAGAAAUCCUCCUGUCUGUCGCUCUUCUUUUCUCAGCACCAUUUAAAGUAAAGACAAAAAAAAAAAAAAAAAAAAACUGAUGAUGGAAGUGCGUUUGUGUGAUGAUACAGCAAAUGCC